GGGAUUUGAACUUCAGACCUUCGGAAGAGCAGUCGGUGCUCUUAACCACUGAGCCAUCUCACCAGCCCACCAAGCAACUCUUAUUAAGGACAUUUAACUGGAGCUGGUUCACAGGUUCAGAGGUCCAUUAAUCAAGAUGGCAGAAAACACCGUAGCAUCCAGGCAGACAGUGCUGGAGAAGGAGCCAAGAAUUAUACAUCUUGAUCCAAAUCAGUCAGGACAAAACUGACUUCCAGGCUGCUAGGAGGAAGGUAUCUAAGCCCACCCCCCACAGUGACACACUUCCAACAAGGCCACACCCUCCUAAUAGUGCCUCUCUCUGGGGCAACCACCACACCACCAAAGUCCAGUUUAGUUAACCAAUGAGUUUUACUGGGGUUACUUUAUUUUAUUUUUGUAGUUACUUUUGGGUGAUAGGUUAAUUACAGGAGUAGAAAUGACUCAAAGAUGGAUGUAUCACAAGGCCACCCCAGCUUGAGAGCUCACUGAGCUGGGAACUCGUAGCCCAAUACUGAGCAUGCAUGCUGCUCAGCAGGCUGGAGAGCAGCUUUUCUAAAUGAUUCGGUUGGCUUAAACCUCUUCCAGGCAGCUGUUGUGGUCUGGUUUGAAGCUCAGCCUGUCUGAGAUGCACUCUUGGCUUUUUUAUUCCUUACUCUGGCAGGGAGGGACCUAGAGAAUCUGGUCAGUUUCAGGGACUUCCUGGAGCUAUUUUGAGUUGUUUACCUUCCUUAAGGAACUUCCCUGCAGGAAAGAAUGUUUCAAUCUUGAGGAAACUAUUACACAACCAGAGGGAUCCUUUCUGGGAGAGGGAGUAGACUACAGCGGCUGCUGGCCAAAUGAGUACCGUUCACCCUCUUCUGGAGCCAGAGGGAGCACAAUUUGAGAAGAGGGACCAAAUGGGAGGUGUGCCAAGGGAAAGGCAGGAGGAGUGUGGAAACCCACUCUUGACAGCCACAGCUAAGUGCAGAAGGCUUUGAAGAACUCACCCUUCUUUCCACACCCAGCCUCUGCCCUCUCCCCCUGCUUCCAUUUCGGAAAGUCUGAAGCUUGCUUGGAAAGCUGGUUGGUCUCUGCUUUCUUCUCUUCCUCCCACUUUGCGCUCGGAGCCGAGCUCCCAGCUGCUCGACCUCUUGCAUAACUGUGAGAGAGCACUGGGCUUCUUGAUGGGCUCCAGAUGUGGAGUGGGAUGAGGGUGGAGGGGUGGGGGCAGAAGGUCUUUAGUCCCCUGAGUGCUCUAACUGUGGGAACACAGAGGCUGGACACAGCAGGAGAUAGGACAAAUUUCAUAGAGCCUUGAUCAUAGUGUCAGCUGGACAGUGAGACACUGAGAAAAAAUUAGGUGCUAUUUUAGAGCCCCCUGCCUCAGCGUCGUCACCUGCCUCUGGCGGGUUUAAUGAUUGCCUGACCAAGUUAGUCAGCAGCCACCCGAGGUUAAGAAAAAGAUGGAAGAAUUUGAGAUCCCCCUAAUCAGAACCCCUCUCCAAAUGCUAAAUUUGCAACAAGAUGAUUUUGUUUUGCUUUCUCUUUUUGUUCAAAAAACCAAAAACAAAAACAAAAUGGCCCUGAAUCAAGGCUGCAGUUUACUGAAGCUGUUGGUUUCAAGCAGGAGCCUAAAGAAAUAUCUUUCUGUGGUCUGUUGGCCAUUGCAGAAAUUGUAAGUCUUAUGGUCAAUUCAUUAGAAAGAAACAUCUGGAAGAAAAAAGAAAAAAAAAAAAACCAAAAAACCACCACCAACAACAACACACUAGAGCAGCAUGAAAAAUACUGUUGUGAUUGACAUAUGCCUCAGGAAGGUUGGCCAGAGCUGAAAUUGUUCCUUGAGCCUCAAAUGAUACGAAGAGAGGUAAAAAGAAGCUGCUUAUAUCUUGGGACUUUCUGGUGACCACAGUGCACUUGUCACCUCUGUUAGCUAGAGGAGGUGGCAGGUAGGACUCCUUCUCCUCCUCCCUCUUGUUCAUUGCUCCACAGUCUCAGGUUUAAUCGCCAGCUGUGGAUGCCCCCUACUAAUGCUAGUUCUGUCAAUGAGUGACCAAAUUCCUGCAGUUCAGUCUCCUGCCAUUCCUGAGAGAGAGAGAGAGAGAGAGAGAGAGAGAGAGAGAGAGAGAACACAGAACAAAAGCCACUGGAACAGAACUGGGUUUGUCCAUUCCAAAGAGGACUUUCAUUUUAAAUUUUCUCCAACCCAUCCCAUCUGGACCUUAAGCCAGACUUGGGGGCUUCCUGCUUGUUCCUUCACUGAGGAAAAGCCUCUGCCAAUCCUUUAGUGCAGGUUAAAGAGGCCCAGUCUAGUCUGAGUUCAGCUCCCAUGAGGCCUCCCAGCCGUCUCCUGGGGCAAGAGCAGGCUUUGCAAGGUGCGGCUACACUGUCAGCUUGGAUUUCGGGGUGCGGGUUGGACUGCUGAAUGACUUCGCCAGGCUGGGCUUAUAGACUGCCCCCCUCCCUCUUUUCUUCCUCAAACUCCCACUCUUCAGCCAACCUGGUGUCUUUCUACCCUGCCUCCAGCUCCAGCUGCAACCCAACAAUUCUUUAGUGGAGGUGAAUGGACAGAGGCAAAAAGGCCGGCUCCAUUCAGCUUUCCUGGGUCCUGUGGUUUGCACCACACUUUUUUGUUUGUUUUUGUUUUUUGAGACAGGGUUUCUCUUGUGUAGCCCUGGCUGUCCUUGAACUCAUUCUGAGACCAGUCUGGUCUCGAACUCACAGAGAUCCACCUGCCUCUGCCUCCCGAGUGCUGGGAAAAAGACCACCAUCAUUUGGCUUACAGCACACUUUCAACGGACCUUGCCUUCACGUUCAUUUCUGAAGCAUGGUGUGCAAUUAUUAAAUCGACAACUCUCUAUGGUGGGGCUUGGAACAGCAAAGGGUAGGGGCUGACCUGGGUGCCCUCAGUUGAUGUUCUGAAAGGAAAUUGAGCAUCUGUGGUAGGGCUGCGCUAGGACUCAUGGGGAGUCAGGGGACGAUUCAGGCAUCUUGGGUAGGCGGAGGUAAAUAAAGAAGUGCUUCGAGGCCCAGAGUGGAGGGUGGUCUAGGAGGGUCGGAAGGGGAGGGUGAGAGGAGAGUUUGCACGGUGGUGGCCCUGGUGGUGGUGGUGGAAAGCCCAGCUGUACAGAUGAACAAAGCGGGCGCUGUGCAAGCGGGGGAGGUGCUGCUGUGGGAAAAGCUGGGUGGGGGCCUUGGGCUCCAGCACCACAAGGGCGUCUUCUCUAGCUGGCCAGGCGGACAGGACGGGAUGGGGGCGGGGACUCAGGGAAGCGGGGCGGGACAGUCUCCCUCUCCUCCUACUCAGCUGGCUCCAGGGGAAAAGCAACAGAGUCUUCGCCAGCCUGAGGCCGCCGCGGCCCACUUGGGCAAAGGGGCCGGUGUCCCCCCAACUCCCCACAAGGAGUUCUGGCGCCCUUGGAUCAUGGAUCCUCUCAAUAGGAGCCAGCUAGGCCCUGGAUGCAAGACCCAGGCUGUAGUGCAGAAAGGGCCAUUGGAUCUGAUUGAGACGGGUCAAGGACUGAAGGUGCAGACGGACAAACCUCAUCUGGUGAGCCUGGGCAGCGGGAGACUCAGCACAGCGAUCACUCUCCUGCCGCUGGAGGAAGGGAGGACAGUCAUUGGUUCUGCAGCCAGGGACAUCUCACUGCAGGGUCCAGGCCUGGCUCCAGAACACUGCUACAUCGAGAAUCUGCGGGGCACUCUCACCCUGUACCCUUGUGGCAAUGCCUGCACUAUUGAUGGGCUCCCUGUUCGGCAGCCCACCCGGCUCACUCAGGGCUGCAUGUUGUGUCUGGGUCAAUCCACCUUCCUGCGCUUUAACCAUCCAGCCGAAGCCAAGUGGAUGAAAAGUAUGAUUCCAGCAGGGGUCCGGGCCCCAGGGCCCACCUACAACCCUGGCUCUGCUGAAUCGGAGAGCCUGGUCAAUGGGAACCACACAGCACAACCUGCAACCCGGGCACCGUCAGCCUGUGCCAGCCACAGUUCCCUGGUGAGCUCUAUUGAAAAGGACCUGCAGGAAAUCAUGGAUUCAUUGGUGCUAGAGGAGCCUGGAGCUGCAGGCAAGAAGCCUGCUGCCACAUCCCCAUUGUCGCCAAUGGCUAACGGCGGGCGCUACCUGUUGUCCCCUCCAACCAGCCCCGGUGCCAUGUCUGUGGGCUCCAGCUAUGAGAACACCUCUCCAGCCUUCUCUCCACUUUCCUCACCAGCCAGCAGCGGAAGCUGUGCUAGCCAUUCACCAAGUGGGCAGGAGCCAGGACCCUCUGUGCCCCCAUUGGUGCCUGCCCGCUCCUCUAGCUACCAUUUGGCUCUGCAACCUCCACAGUCUCGCCCAAGUGGUUCCCGCUCCUCUGACAGUCCCCGGCUGGGCAGAAAAGGGGGUCAUGAGAGACCUCCCAGCCCUGGUCUCCGGGGUCUUCUGACGGACAGUCCUGCCGCUACCGUCUUGGCUGAGGCCCGCAGAACCACUGAGAGUCCCCGGCUAGGUGGGCAGUUACCUGUGGUGGCUAUCAGCCUGAGUGAAUACCCAUCUUCCGGUGCCCGCAGCCAACCCGCCAGUAUUCCUGGCAGCCCCAAGUUCCAGUCUCCAGUGCCUGCUCCCCGAAACAAGAUCGGCACACUCCAGGACCGCCCUCCCAGUCCUUUCCGUGAGCCCCCAGGCACAGAGCGGGUACUAACAAGCAGCCCCUCUCGACAACUGGUGGGCAGAACAUUUUCGGAUGGGUUAGCAGCAACUCGUACCCUCCAGCCGCCUGAGAGUCCCCGCCUGGGCCGGAGGGGCCUGGACAGUAUGCGGGAACUGCCCCCGUUGAGUCCAUCUCUGUCUCGAAGGGCUCUGUCCCCACUGCCAGCCCGGACUGCCCCAGAUCCCAAGCUAAGCAGGGAAGUGGCCGAGAGUCCCCGGCCCCGGCGCUGGGCAGCCCACGGGACUUCACCUGAGGACUUCUCCCUGACUCUAGGAGCACGGGGUCGCAGGACUCGGAGUCCCUCGCCCACCCUCGGGGAGUCCCUGGCACCUCGCAAGGGUAGCUUCAGUGGCAGGCUGAGCCCAGCUUACAGUCUGGGCUCUCUUACUGGGGCUUCACCUCGUCAGAGCCCCCGUGCUCAGCGGAAGCUCUCCAGUGGGGACUUGCGGGUACCCAUUCCAAGGGAGAGGAAAAACAGCAUCACGGAGAUCAGCGACAAUGAGGACGAACUUCUGGAGUACCACCGUCGGCAGCGCCAAGAGCGGCUCCGGGAGCAGGAGAUGGAGAGGCUGGAACGCCAGCGCCUGGAGACCAUCCUGAACCUGUGUGCUGAGUACAGCCGAGCUGACGGGGGACCUGAGACUGGGGAGCUGCCCAGUAUUGGAGAGGCCACGGCAGCGCUGGCCUUGGCAGGCAGGAGGCCCUCAAGAGGCUUGGCAGGAGCCAUAGUAGUCUCCGGAAGGUGCGGCGAGGAGUCUGGAGGUGCCUCCCAGCGCCUGUGGGAGAGCAUGGAGCGCUCUGAUGAAGAGAAUCUCAAAGAGGAAUGCAGCAGCACCGAGAGCACCCAGCAGGAGCAUGAAGACGCUCCUGGCGCGAAGCACCAAGGCGAGGUGCUGGCUGUGGAAGAGGAGCGGGCUCAGGUUCUGGGGCGAGUAGAACAGCUGAAGAUCCGAGUGAAGGAGCUGGAACAGCAGCUGCAGGAGGCAGCCCGAGAGGCCGAGAUGGAGAGAGCACUGCUGCAGGGGGAGCGGGAGGCAGAGCGAGCCUCGCUGCAGAAGGAACAAAGGGCGGUGGACCAGCUGCAGGAGAAGUUGGUGGCCUUGGAGACAGGCAUCCAGAAGGACAGGGACAAGGAGAGGGCGGAGCUGGCCGCGGGACGGAGGCACCUGGAGGCCCGCCAGGCGCUCUACGCCGAGCUCCAGACGCAGCUCGAUAACUGCCCCGAGUCAGUGCGGGAACAGUUACAGGAGCAGCUGAGAAGGGAGGCAGACGCUCUAGAGACUGAGACAAAGCUCUUUGAGGACCUGGAGUUCCAGCAGCUGGAGCGUGAGAGUCGCGUGGAGGAGGAGCGGGAGCUGGCCGGCCAAGGGCUGCUGCGGAGCAAGGCUGAGUUGCUGCGCAGUGUGAGCAAGAGGAAGGAGCGCCUAGCUGUACUGGACAGUCAGGCUGGGCAGAUCCGGGCCCAGGCAGUACAGGAGUCAGAGCGUCUGGCCCGGGAAAAGAAUGCUGCCCUGCAGCUACUGCAAAAGGAGAAGGAGAAGCUGAAUGUCCUUGAGAGGAGAUACCAUUCGCUCACGGGGGGCAGGCCUUUUCCGAAGACCACCUCCACCCUCAAAGAGGCUCAGCUACUCAUCUCCGAGGCCUCAGAGAUAGGGCUGGAGACCAAAGCUCUGGGCCAGUCCCCAAGGUCUUCUGAGGCUGGGGCCUCCUCUGUUCUCUUAACCCCUCCUGCUUCCACUCAGCUCUGUCCCAAAGCACAAGAGUACGUGACGCUUGAGCAGCUAAGAGUGGUGUGGGGCACCCCACCCAUGCCCCCAAGCCCUUCGCCAGGCCUGCCUUCCUGGGCUUCUGCCUCCCAGGACUUGGCUCCCAUCACCUGUCUUCCUCCCAUGCUGCCCUCUUCCUUCGCUUCCAUCACACGUUCGUCUAAGAUGGAGAAGCUGCUGCUCCCUGCUGUAGACUUAGAGCAGUGGUACCAGGAGUUGAUGUCCGGGCUGGGGACUGGCCUUGCUGCAGCCUCCCCUCGCUCCUCUCCCCCGCCUUUGCCUGCCAAAGCUUCCCGUCAGCUGCAGGUUUACCGCUCCAAGAUGGAUAGUGAUGCGGCCAGCCCCCUGCCCAGGACCCGUAGCGGCCCUCUCCCCUCCUCCUCAGGCUCCUCCUCCUCCUCUUCACAGCUCAGCGUGGCUACCCUGGGCCGUAGUCCUUCCCCAAAGAGUGCUCUGCUCGCCCAGAAUGGCACCAGUAGCCUUCCUCGCAACCUGGCAGCCACACUGCAGGACAUUGAGACCAAGCGCCAGCUGGCCCUACAGCAAAAGGUCGAGUUACCUCCUGCCGAGCCCCUCCCACCUGAAGACCCAGCAGGACACCAAGUGAUCGAGGAGCAACGGAGGAGACUGGCGGAGCUGAAGCAGAAGGCGGCGGCAGAGGCUCAGUGCCAGUGGGAUGCCUUGCAUGGUGCAGGGCCCUUUUCAGCAGGCCCUUCAGGCUUCCCUGCACUCAUGCAUCAUUCCAUCCUGCAUCACCUGCCAGCUGGCCGGGAGCGUGGAGAGGAGGGCGAGCACGCUUACGACACCCUGAGCCUGGAGAGUUCAGACAGCAUGGAGACCAGCAUCUCUACAGGCGGCAACUCUGCCUGUUCCCCGGACAACAUGUCCAGCGCCAGUGGUCUGGACAUGGGCAAGAUCGAGGAAAUGGAGAAGAUGCUAAAGGAAGCUCACGCAGAGAAGAGCCGGCUCAUGGAGUCCAGGGAGCGGGAGAUGGAGCUUCGGAGGCAGGCCCUGGAGGAGGAACGGAGGAGGCGGGAGCAAGUGGAGCGGCGGCUGCAGAGUGAGAGCGCCCGCAGGCAGCAGCUGGUGGAGAAAGAAGUCAAGCUCCGGGAAAAGCAGUUCUCCCAGGCACGGCCUCUUACACGUUACCUUCCCAACCGGAAGGAGGACUUUGAUCUGAAGACCCACAUAGAGUCAUCAGGCCACGGGGUGGACACCUGCCUACAUGUGGUGCUUAGCAGCAAGGUGUGCCGUGGCUACCUGAUCAAGAUGGGUGGCAAGAUUAAAUCGUGGAAGAAGCGCUGGUUUGUCUUUGAUCGGCUGAAGCGCACCCUUUCCUAUUACGUGGACAAACAUGAGACGAAGCUGAAGGGGGUCAUCUAUUUCCAGGCCAUCGAGGAAGUGUACUAUGACCACCUGCGCAGCGCAGCCAAGAAAAGGUUUUUCCACUUCACCAUGGUGACUAAGAGUCCGAAUCCGGCCCUCACCUUCUGUGUGAAGACCCAUGACCGGUUGUACUACAUGGUGGCCCCGUCUGCAGAGGCCAUGCGCAUCUGGAUGGAUGUCAUCGUCACGGGGGCCGAGGGCUACACUCAAUUCAUGAACUAACUACCCUGCACCUCCUGGGUUCCCCAGCUCAGCCCCAGGACUCCGUGCCCUGCCACCUGCCACUCUGCUUGUCCCUGGGGACAGUGGCACAUUGGGCACGGGGCUGCAAAGGAUCGGGAUGUAGUUGAGUACCUCGGGGCUUUUGUGCAAGAAGACAAAUUGUGUUAUGAGGAGUUUGGUGCUUGGGAAUUGAGCUCCAGUCCCUAAAGAGCCAGCAGAGAGGAAAGGAAGAGGGAGAGGCCUUGUCGGUCCUGGGAGUCCAGAAGUUCAGGUUCCCUCCUGGGUCCAGCAGGCUGAAGAGGCUGCUGAGCUGCGCUCUCGGCUCUGUCCCGGCACCCACCCACCCCAGCUUGUUUUCUCUUUGUAAAGGACAAACUAUGGUACCAGAAUCUGCCAAAGAUCCCCUUCUCAUCUCAUCCCCUCUGCAGGGGCUGGGAGGGGUCCUGAGCAGAGCCACGUGCAGAGCUGGGGAGCGGCUCAGGCCCCAACCCCAUCUGCCUCCUCCUCUUCUUCCUCUUCCUCCUCCUCCCACCUCCCACUUGUCACUACUCAGCUCAAGGACCAGAGACCUCAAGUGUCACUUUCGAGGUCCAGCCCCAUCAUCCUGUUACAAGCCCGUCAUCCUUGUCUCCAUGGUGACCGCUUCAUCACCAUGGUUACACACUAAUUGCCAUGGCCACUCUGUGGCUUUGCCCACUGCUUCUGGCUGUGGGCCACAUGAGGGUACGUGCCAUCAUCUCUCCAACCCAGGCCUGGGGGCAUGUCACAUGGUGGGAGGAGAUGGAAUUCCUCCCGGCUGCAGUGUGUCUCCAGCCCCCAGCCCAGCCCCUCUCCCUUUUACUGUGCCUUGCUUAGAGCCAGAAGGGAUGAUGUCCUGGGAUCCAAGACCAGAGGGACAGCAUCACUGAGGGGAGAGGAAGCUGAGAGGUCUGCCCUCCCAUUCUAACAGGACUAGUUCCCAGUGAGGAACAAGGGUAGCUCAGAGUGCCUGCAAAGAAGCCUGAGUUGGGGCUGGGGCGGGCAGAAGCAGAGGCCCUGAGCUGUGGUAAUCUCCCUUCAGUUUCCCAAAGGUGAUGGGAAAGGAGAACGGAGGAUAAGUCUCCAGCUGGCUGGCCUCAGCCUUGCGCCUUAACACUAAGCCACCUUCCCUGCCCUCCCCAGCACUGGGCCCUUAGUUGCUGGGCCUGGUUGGGUGUUUUGCAGUAUUUGUAAGCAUUUCAGCAGAACAAUAAAAGCAUUUUGACUAUGUA